CCAAACGCACACAUUCCACGAUACAUACAUACCCUUCCCUCUCUAUCAUCUCUUCUCUUCCCUCUCCACCCACACUGCAUGUACCUGUUUCUCUUUCUCUUCAUCUACUCCUUCCCUUCGCUUUCUCCUUUCGUUGCUCUUCUCACCUCCUCCACUCUUCUCCACCAUUUCAGAUCCGCUCACGUCCGACCACCACCGCCGUCGAUCUAGAUCUCCGUCCUCCAACCGCUGCCGAUUUUUCAAGAUUUCCUCGCCGCUACCACCGUCAUGACUGCCAACGGAGGGAGUUGUCUGAAGACUCAUGAUUUCCUGCAGCCACUGGAGCGGCUAGAGACGAAGGGGAGUGCGAAGGAAGAAGCCACGGAUGAAAUAUCAUGGGUUGUUGAGAAGGCAGGACCUUCGGUUGAGCACCUCUUACCUGGAGGAAUUGGGACUUACAGCAUUAACCACAUUUCAUAUGUUAAUAAUAACAAUAACAAUAAUAAUCAAAGGCUUCCCAAAGCGGAGACGUCUCUUUUUGCGCGUCAGGCAACUAGUACGGACAGGAACGAUGAGAACUCCAACUGCAGUUCGUAUACUACUUCGAGCGGUUUCACUUUGUGGGAAGACUCAUCGGGGAAGAGGGGCAAAAGAAAGGAGAAUAAUUCGGGCGACAGACCAUCUACUGGAGAGUGUGCGGCGACAAAGCUAGGGCAGUGGACAUCAACGGAGCGGACCUCACAGUCGUUUUGUACCAAUCGUCACGACAGCUUCAGCUCUCGCUCUUCAUCUCAGACAACUGGGCAGAAGAACCAGAGUUUUAUGGAAAUGAUGAAGUCCGCAAGGGAUAGUGCCCAGGAUGAAGUGCUGGAGAAUGAAGAAACAUUUUUUCUCAAGAAAGAACCUUCCAAUAACCAAAGAGAGCUGAGGGUGAAAGUGGAUGGUAAGAGUACCGAUCAAAAGCCAAAUACACCAAGAUCAAAACACUCUGCAACAGAACAGCGGAGAAGGAGCAAAAUUAAUGACAGAUUCCAAAUGCUAAGAGAGCUUAUUCCACACAGUGACCAAAAGAGGGACAAAGCAUCUUUUUUAUUAGAGGUCAUUGAGUAUAUUCAUUUUUUACAAGAGAAGGUGCACAAGUAUGAAGGUUCAUUUCAAGGGUGGAGUAACGAGCAAGAAAAAUUGAUGCCAUGGCAGAGAAAUAAUGACAAGCCAGCAGAAAACUUCCAACAUCGUGGCACUGAUAAUGGGUCAAGUCCAUCUCCAGCACUGCUUUUUUCUUCAAAGAAUGAGGAGAGAAAUAUUAGCAUCUCCCCAACAAUUCCUGGGAGUACCCAGAAUGUAGAAUCUGGCUUGAGUACAGCAACUACCUCCAAGACAGUGGACCAUCAGGCCGGAAUAGUGAAUAACGCUUUUCCAAUUCCUAUUUCCUCACAGCUAAAUUUCUUCCCUCCAGCCCAAAUGGGUGGUCCAGGUGGAGUAGUGUCUCAGGUCGCACAUAUACCGGUUUCUGAUGCCGAGAACAAAUAUCAACCUUCAGUGGAGUGUCAGACCAUGGCGGCUACCAGUGAAAAGCUGAAAGAGAAAGAGCUCGCUAUUGAAGGUGGUGCAAUUAGCAUAUCAAGUGUGUACUCAAAAGGGUUGCUGCAUACGCUUACACAUGCACUGCAAAGUUCAGGAGUGGAUCUGUCACAGGCUAGCAUCUCAGUGCAAAUUGAACUUGGUAAACAAGCAAACAUCAGACCAACUGUACCCGUGUCAGUGUGUGGUGCUAAGGAUGGUGAAGUACCUUCUAACAACAAUCAAAAGAUGAUGCGCUCAAGAGUUGCUAGCUCAGGGAAGUCUGACCAAGCAAUUAAGAAGCUAAAGAUCUGCAGAAAUUAAUUGGACCGUUAUAUUCAUUCUUUCCUUAUUAUUAUAAUUUCCAUUAAUUAUUAAUUAUUUGGGGGUAACUUUUUUAAAAUUAAUUUUUGGAAGGGGUAUUUAUGUCUUCUGCUGGCCUGCUAUCCUGCGAGGGUGAGAUCGACUGUACAUUCAGUGUCCUCUUAGUUUGUUGGGAUCGUUAGGCUCACCCCAACAAAAUAAUAUGAAUCAAUUUAGUUUCUAAUCAUAUAAAUAUAAAAGGCUUCCAUACUAAUUGAGAAGCUAUUUUUUAA